AUCGGUUUGAUCGGGUAAGGAUAUGAUCGACUUCUGAGGCCUGAGGGUAAUAUAUACGUAUAAUAAAACUACUAAACUAGCUAGUUCUACGUACGUAUAUCGAUCAUAAGAUGUGUAGGGCUCUCGAAACUAAAGAUCCGCCGUCAUCAAAAGCUCGUCCUAACGAUCUGACGAUUAACCUAGAAAGCAAAAGGACCUUCAUCUCCAAGGGGAUUCCGCUGCCGGGUUCUUUUGGGAAUGUUCUAGUGCGCCAAGAGAUACACGAGAACAUAGAAAAAACAUCAUCAGAAAGUGAUGCUUUUCGUGUGUUCAAGCAUUAUCGUGAAUUGACGCCGGCCCGGGCUGGGAUUUUGGAUGCGCAACUCGACUCUUUCGUGGCCAUGCACCCCAUUGGCCGCGACGGCGACGGGGUGGUCGUCUACAAAGCAAUCUGGAUUCUUGGUUCGUUGACGGAGAGGAGGUCGAGCCAUUCUGGGUUCCUCUCCGCGGUGAACUUCGUCGCGCUCAAGGUCGUGGGGGAUAACCCAGAAAUCGUGUCAAAUGUGAAGGGGGAGAUUGGAAGACACAAUGAUUUUCGUCAUCCCAAUUCUCUGAGAGUGCUUACCCAUUUCAAGGACCCCCAGUCCAAUAAAUACUGUGUCGUGAUCAGCGAAUUCCCGGAUCUCGGAUCCCUCCGCGCCAUAAUGUUGAACAGGUUCCCUACAGGGUUUCCAGAGGACCUCAUCCUCUCUUCCCUCAGAUCUGUUCUGAAUGCCCUGAAGCAGCUCCACAAGAGGCGCCGCACUGUGCACGGAGAUAUCAAUUCCGGACACGUUUACCUCUGUGGCACCCCCUCGCUGCGGCACACUUGGGGCAUAUGCUUGGGCUUCGCUGCCGCUCUCUAUGAAGACGCCGCCGCAUGCAACGGGUCCAGUUUCCUUCCGUGGGCUUCUAUGGCCCACUGGGCCGCUCCCCCAGAAGUGUACACGCAGAAGACGGACGUUUGGUUCGUCGGAAUCACCGCUCUUGAGUUGGCCUACGGCGGACUCAAUGUUACCAGCCGAGAUGCCUUUGACGCACUCAUCAAACAUAUAAUUGUCCAUAGGACGCUCCCGACAUCCACUGCUACCCCUUGUCUUGUUACUGAUGAGGGCGGCGCCGCCGCGGAGCCGGCGGUGCGAAAACGGCGUAAUAGCGCCGCCAAGAAGCUCAUGGCGAAACUGCUGCCUUUUAGCCCCUCGUCCCCUAAUGGUGGUAAGCCUAGUGGUGGGCGUCUUUCACCAUUUUCUGAGGCGUUCACUGACAUGGUGAUCCAAUGCCUCUCUGGUGAUCCUAAAAAGAGGCCGCGUGUUCACGAGCUUUUGUGCCACCCAUUCUUCCAAAGAAGCGCAAAUCGCAACGACGGAGAGCACUUUUACGAUGCCGUGAUGAACACUACUCCUAUCUCAUCACCUCCUAUUUCAUAACCAUGUAAGUAGUAAUAAACGAUGAACAAAAGCCUGAGAGAAUGUAUGUAGCCGGUGACAAGGUUUUGGAUGGGUUAACGGAGAAGAUCGGGCUAUUGGAUAUAUUGUUGUUUCAGUACGUUGGUACUUCAAUGGGUUGUUAUAUGUUUUAAAAUCCUGAUCAGGUGUAACGGUUUUAAGGAUGUUUUAUUUUGGAUGUCUUUUGUUAUGGUUCUAAGGUUUGAUUUUGUUUUAAAAGAAAUAAAGUCUCAUAUAGAGGCUUUGUAUCUUUGUUCCGCUUGAUUUGUCGAGUCUCUUUUAUGUUUGAGUAUCGUAAUGGCCGUUUUGGGGACGGUCGUUACACCCUUGCCCGCUGACAUCUCAGUUUUGUCUCCAUCACGAAAAUAAUAGAAGGGCGAUUCUGUUUGUUGAACCAAAUCUGUCAAACACUAAAGCGCUGCUGGAAUCCCCAACCCUCUGCAAUUCCAUAUGAUGAUACACAUCUUCCACUAAACAACACACCCCAAGGCUUCGAUUUCUCGAAACUGCA